AGUUGUGAGAUUGAGAUCUUCGCUGUGCCUUCUUCCACCAAACUUAAAGCUACGACUCCAGGAAUUUGAUGUUGGGCAUGACAUCAUAUUUUAAAAGGCGCUUUGCUGACGAUGAAAUCGAGAGCGCGUGGAUUGAUUUUGAUUCUGCGAGAAGAAGAAGAAGAUCAUGGCUGCCAAAACACCAGACCAAGUUUUCAUCGCCAACAAGCUGAUUCACAUGUACGGAAGCGCCGGUCGGGUGAAAGAUGCACGGAUUGCGUUCGACGGCAUUGCUUUGGGCGACAGGAACGUUUACACCUGGGUGCUGAUGCUCUGUGCAUAUUCCCGAAAUGGGUAUAUUCGCGAGUCCCGGGCUACGUUUGACGAGAUGCCUGAGAAGAACAUGGUGGCGUGGAAUGCCAUGCUAGCUGCAUAUGCCCAAAGCGGGCACUUUGAAGAAUUUGAAAUUCUCUUUGGUGAGAUUCCCAUGUGGAACGUUGUUUCUUGGAACACAUUGCUAGCGGCAUACUCCCAGAGCGGAAGCAAACAGAAGUCGAAGAUUGUUUUUGACUCGAUGCCGGAGUGGAACUUAAUCUCCUGGAAUUCACUGCUUGCUGCGCAUACCCAAAACGGGCAUCUUAAACAGGCGCGAACAGUUUUUGAUGGAAUGCCAGCACGAAACUUUAUCUCGUGGACUACACUUUUAGCAGGAUACGUGCACCAUCAAAAGGUCGCGGAGGCCAACAAUGUUUUUAUGUCUAUGCCACAGCACGACAUGGUGUCUUGGACUCUGAUACUUACCGCAUAUGCCCGUCUCCGACAUAUGCGAAAGUGCGUAGAAAUCUUUCAUACCGCGAGGCAAGUGGAUCUCACGUUUUGCAACGCUAUGUUAACUGCGUUUUCUCAGGUUGGAGAUGUUAAAGGUGGCAAAUGCUUUUUUGAUACUAUGCCUCAGCAUGACAUGGUGUCGUGGAACAACAUGCUUUUGGUCUAUGCUCAGAAUGGCCACAUUGGAAAAGCUCGGGAGCUUUUUGAGAAGAUGGAGCACCGUGACCUGGUUUCAUGGACGUGCAUGGUAAGCGCGUAUGCUCAAGCUGGAAAUAUCAAAGAAGCCGAGUUCUUUUUCCAGAGAAUGCCUUUCACGAAUAUCGUGUCGUGGAACUCGAUGAUCUCGGCUUACAGCCAAAAGGGAAACUUUGAGAGAGUUGAGAAGAUGGUAGAAAAAAUGCCGCAGUCGAGUUUGUCGUCGUGGAACGCUGUUCUAGCUGCCAAUUUCGAUAGAGGAAAUCCGGAAAGAGCAAAACUAGUGUUUGACGAGAUGCCGGAGCACAGCUCCGUGGCUAUGAGCUCACUGAUUUGUGGAUAUGCGCAGUUUGGUUUCAUGGAUUUUGCACGGGAGGUUUUUGAGAGUGUUCCUCACAAAGAUCUACUGUCGUGGACGUCGAUUCUGAUCGCUUUCGCAAACCACGGAGAAGUGGAAGAAGCGAAGCAUUUGUUUGAAACAAUGCCACAGCGAGACAUCGUUGCUUGGAACGCAAUCCUGGUUAUGUAUGGUCAAAACGGUGAUUUAGAAAACGCAGCAAGGAUUUUCAGCUCUAUGCCCGAGCGCGAUCUCGUUUCAUGGACCUCGAUUCUGACCAAGUUCGCACAGAGGGGAAAACUCCAAGAGGCGAUGAAAAUCUUCGACGAGCUCGAAACUCUACACUCUCCUGACCAGGUUUGUUUCGUGGGAGUUCUCAUCGCUUGCAGCCACAAAGGAAAGCUUGCUCUCGCCAAGGAGUACUUUCUGUCCAUGAGACACGACUUUGGAAUAGAGCCUGUGAAGCAGCACUACUGUUGCAUGGUGGAUUUGCUCGCCAGAGCCUCGUAUCUGGAAGAUGCGAGAGAGCUCUUGGCGACGAUGCCAUUUAAACCAGAUGCUGUAAAUCUGGUGGCUUUUCUUUCGGCGUGUAGGAUGGGCCGGAUGAGUGAUGAUCAUAUUUGUCACAGUGCCGGUCUUGUCGCAAAGAGCGUCUUGGAUUUGGAUUCCAGGAAUGGAGCUGCUCACAUCUUGCUAGCAAACGUUCUGCGUGAUCCACCUGAAGUUUAACUUGUUGUUUUGUUCCUGCCGCGGAGGACAAUCUUGCAGUCUAGAUAUAUGUUCGACAAAGUUGAUGGCUAGCUUGAAUGAACGUCGCGUCCUUCUGGGUAAAAGUUUUAAGUCAAGGACGCUUCUUCCCAGCUAUUUGGAAUUCAUGAAUUCAUGGGUUUUAUCAGCGAUUUCAAAACGUGAAGGAAGUUUCCCUUGAGAAAAAUCGAGUCAAAGUCAUCAAAUGUGAGGCACGAGAAAGGGUAGCCUAUGUGAAAGUCCAGUCUGCGCCUCAAACUGUGAUCUAGACGUGUGGAAACUUUCUUUACAAUGCAAGAGAGAAGCAUUGAAGUUUUCUUCCACUUUGGCAAUUUAGCUUAGCGGUGGCUAAACUGUAGAAUCCAGCUAUAAAAACCGCCACAAAUUUCGAACGUGAGCAGCAAGGCAUCUCGCAGCGUGUUCUUCGGUGUUGCGGCAAAGUCUCAGCAAAGUUUCAAGAAAAAAUCUCGAUCCAUUUUCCCUCUUUUUGCAAGCAUGAAGAAGGUGACACUCUCAACUUGUGGGAGCUGCAAGGGAAAGACUGAUGCGCUUAAGAAGAUCAAAGGGGUUGAUAAGGUGGAAUCGGAGAAGUCAGGCCUGGUAGUGAUCGGCAAAUUUGAUGUGGACGACGUGGUCAAGGCGAUGAAUUGCCACCACAGUGUUCUUCGUUCCAUCGAGAACAAUUACGAGCCCCCAAAGAAGAAGGAAGAGAAGAAGGAAGAGAAGAAGGAUGGUGGUAGCGUUUUGUAUGUUUACGCCCACAACUACAAUCACUACAAUUGCAAGUGCUAAUUUGUUCUUCCAAUUGCAAGGGAUGGAUGGAUCUGCAAGAACAAGGGAGGUAGCGUGUGUAUGAAAUAAUUUCAAGAGUUUCAGAUCUAUAAGAGCAAUGAGUUUGACAGAGCAUUUAAUUGUCAGAAUCAUAACUGAUGUAAGGUUUUCAAAAGUUAGAUCUUUCUAUGAAUGCAAAAGACUUUGCACAGCACAAAUGCCGGUGCAAGUCAA